ACAGUGAGAUUAUUACAGUGCAUUAUAUUCUACUUUAAGGAUAAUGUAGAAGUACAGCUGAUACAGAGAACAGGAACCCAGGCUGCUGUGAAUAGAUCCCAACAUUGCAAAAGAAAAGUUAUUUUAUGGUUGAUAUCCUGAUAGGCAGAAGUCAUUUGGGCCCAAUUCAAAAUGCUGACUAUUUACCUAUGAAACCCUAUAGGACAAAGUGCUGGGCUAUUUUAGCAACUACAUUGUCCAACAUUAUUUUGCCCAUGCUGGCUGAUAAUUAAGAGUAGCCUGUUUAAGAUCCUACACCCAGGUGAGGUGAGGCAGGCAUGGGCCUGAAAAUAGGCUUAAGUAGUGGCUCUAAUUUUGUGGGAUAUGGUGAACCUGAAAGCACACUUAGCCAUCUUAUUCCUGGCAUUUGGGAGGCUUCUUAAAAUCUUCCCUUUUAAAUAGGCCUUUGAAGAUGCUGAUAAGUGGAAGAAGGGUAGUCAUCUUAUUUUUUAUUAGUUGGUGUUUACAUGGAAUUCUUGUACUUAAAACAAUAAAAGCAAAUUAUAGAAACACAUCUGUGGAUUUUAACACAUUUCCCAGAAAUUGGAGAUCUUGGAUGAUGGGGAUUUCUUGCUUGUCUCAGGGUCACUUUGUCCCAGAUAAAACUGUUACACAAUUUGAAAACCCCAUUCAACAAUUUUCAUAGUGCUACAAACAUAGUAAUCUGUUACUCAAGUAUAAAAUAUGCUGUAAUGGGACUGCAUUUUGACUUUUAGUAUUGUUAUUAGAAGAGGUGAAAUAAUAAAGAUCCCUGAUUAUUUUGUUCACCUUUGUGCUAUAUUUCAUUUGUACAAUCUCUAUAUUUAUUCGCACUUUCCAAUGUCUGUAGCCUCUAAUCAAUCUAAAUAUUGCCAGUUUCUACAUCUCUCUCAUAUCCAAUAAUAUUAUGAACUUUGAAAGUUUAGCCAAAUGUGAUCAUCCUUGGAAAAUGUUUCUCAGUUAACAUGUGUUGAUUCUAAAGGAAGUAAAACUAUAAGAUCAAUAGUUCAUUGUCAACCUCUAUGGAGAUGCUGUGGAACAAAUGUCAACUAUAGUUAGCAAUGCCGUCUGAUACAAUUACAAGUCAGCUUUGUCUGAAAACUGACAGUAAUAAAAUCUGUUUUCUUGGGCAGCUGAUGCAGUUUUCAUUCUUGCAGAUAACCAGGAACACUGGAUGAUGAUGAUAUGCCCCAUGGGUUUUGUAUAGUCACAUAUUCUUCCACAGACAGAUUUGAAGGAAACUUUGUGCAUGGAGAAAAGAAUGGUCAUGGAAAAUUCUUCUUCUUUGAUGGAAGCACACUAGAAGGCUUUUAUGUUGAUGAUGGUUUGCAAGGCCAAGGAAUAUACACCUAUGAGGAUGGCGGCACACUUCAUGGCACUUACAUUGAUGGUGAACUGAAUGGUCUAGCUCAUGAAAAGGAUGCUGAUGGACGAUUGGUCUUCAAAGGGCAAUACAAAGAUAAUAUUCGGCAUGGAUUUUGUUGGAUUUACUAUUCAGAUGGUGGGUAUCUGGUUGGACAAGUUAAUGAAGAAGGAGAGAUGACUGGAGAAAAGUUAGCCUAUGUAUACCCUGAUGGGAAGAUGGCAUAUUAUGGACACUUCAUAGAUGGUGAAAUGAUAGAAGCAAGAUUGGCAAAUGUUAUACUGUCAGAGGAAGAAAAAAUACAAUUUGAUGUUAUACCAGGCAGCCCAGUUUACAAUUUUGAUAAAUCUACUUCAUCCUGCAUUUCUACGAGUCCACUUCUUCCUGACCCUUAUGAAUCAGAGAGGGUCUAUGUAGACGCAUCUCUUAUUUCCAAUGCUGGAGAAGGUUUAUUUACUAAAAUAGCUGCUGAAGCUGGCACAGUUUUAUCUUUUUACAAUGGCAUACGAAUUACACAUCAAGAGGUGGACAGCAGGGACUGGUCUUUGAAUGGAAAUACAAUAUCCCUUGAUGAUGAAACUGUCAUAGAUGUACCAGAACCUUACAGCCAUGUAACCAAAUACUGUGCCUCUUUGGGGCAUAAGGCAAACCACUCAUUCACCCCAAAUGCUGUUUAUGACUCGUUUGUUCACCCUCGCUUUGGACUGAUUAAAUGUAUUCGGACAAUUCAAGCAGUGGAGAAGGAUGAAGAACUAACAGUGGCUUAUGGCUAUGAUCACAGUUCCACUGGACAAAAUGGCCCAGAAGCACCAGAGUGGUAUCUGGCAGAACUAAGAGCCUUCCAAGCUUCCUUGAAAAAAUGAAGUGCAGUUUCCCUAUUCAGUACAUUGAAUCUAUGCACUAUCUUUGAUGCUGGAAUUGGAGCAGCCAGUGGUUGAUCAUGCUGUGAUUCUUCAAUACUUUUUCCUACAUUAGAAAGAGUGGGAGCCUUUUUUGUUUUGUUCCUUGCAGCCUAAUAUGCUUUAGCCACUCCCUUAAAAUAAUAUUUACAUUUGUAGUUAAUAGUGCAGAAUAAAUUAUUUAAUAUGCUACACAAGGAAGAGUGGCCUUUUAUUUAUUUUUUGGCAAUUAGUCUGCAUCAGCAGCUGUCAAAAUAUAGAAAGAGCGCGUUUUUAAAACCAAGGUUUUAUCCGUACUGUGGUUUCUCUGAUUCUGCGCAACUACAUUUUGUAUUUGCCAUAUUGUGGUGCUAAUAGAAUUGUGCUAAGUUUGGUAUCUAGAAAAGCAGCAUAAUUUCAGAAUAUUGCUUUAGGGCGUUUUCUGUUUGGGUGCACAAGAGACCUCUCUUUACAUUAUCGUCUUCUUAAAGUCAGCACAAAUGUUUAAACUACAGUGUCAAGGUUGGUAAAAUGAGGACCCAGAUUGUUGGGGCAAUAUGCUGACUCUAUAAACCACCUAGAGAGAGCUGUAUAGCACUGUGAAGUGGUAUAUAAGUCUAAGUGCUACAUGUCGGUUUUUUAAGGCUCUGAGGAUAUGUGCCUGGAAGACCAGAGCUGCUAUAACUUUAAUCAUGAUAAUCACAUUUGAGUGACUUCUAUUUACACAUAUGAGCAUUUUCUACUACUUGUUUUUGGUUUCUUACACUGGAGAGCAUAAUGUCAAUUUGUAUAGAACAAAUGAAAAGAGUAUACCAAGAAAUUCCUUGUUUGCUAAAUUUAUCUUUUUCUUGCCUUUAAUUGGUAACUUACAGAAUCCUGGAAGCUGCCACUACUUGUCAAAGGCAGAUUUCUGUAGAGCUAGGAAAGUAGUUGAGGAAUCCUACGUUGCAAACCUUUUAAAAAAAACUGCAGAGUAAUUCAGAGGGUUACAUGGAAAACUCAACCUUUUUACUAUGAAGCAAAUUAUACUUGAGAUUGUCAGUUUUAUGGGAAUCAUGAAAGCACUACUAAUCCUAGCUAACAUUUAAUAAUAUCAUGAGAAAAAAAGUAAACUUUCAGGGAUCUGAUAGCCAGUUACUGGCAUUUCUUAAACAGAUUUUCAAAUAUGUGCAAUAUAUGUUUGCAGAGUAUUUGCUCUGUAUUAUACAAGUAGAAAUGUCUAUUUGCAGUGUGCUUAUUUAUUUAAAAAUAAAUACCACUGAACUCAGUGGGACCUUCUUUGAAUGUAGAGGAUCACAUUGCUUGUUUUUUAAUGCAGAAAAAGGACUCUGAAUAUUAUUCUUAUCAACAGGCUGGAGAUUCUGUUGAUGAAACUCUGAUUUGAUUAUUUCACUAUUUUAAAUAUGUAAUAUUGGAGUCCCUAAUUACAGUCUUUAUACCAUGUAUAUUUUAAUUUUCAGGUUAAAAAGAACCAUUUUACUGCCAAAAUAGUUUAUGUAAUUUAUGUAACAAUUUUGAACUAUUCUUCAGAUUAUAAAUUAGCAUUACAGUAAUAAACUACUAUUUUAUUGUAAGUAACAAAGCUAGAAACUACAUAUUGUAGUCUCAUAAGGAUUUAAAUCUAGGAUACUGCAUAGAGUAGAAGGCAUAUAGAAACUGGUCAUGUAAAAUGUCAAGGAAAAGUCUACUAAACGUUACCAAUGGGAAAUCUGCAAUGCACAGAGAAAAAUAUGGGCCAUAAGAUCUGGGAUGGUGGUGGAAAUAGAUUUGUUAUUAGAUUUAGGCAACAUCUCUUCUUUGGUCCCACAUGUCAGUAUAUGGAUGAGGUGGCAUCUCCCCAAAGAGACUCAGUGUAUACUCUAGGGGGUCUUUUUGGACCCUUGGCUCCUACUUACAGCAGCUGUGACUAGUAGAGCCUUUGCACACUUAGGGUGCUGACAGUCACUGAUGCCCUUGUGACCUCUUAUCUGGAUUAUUGCAAGGGGCCCUACACGGGACUGUCCUUGAGGAAGCUUUAACUAGUGGAGAAUGCAGGUGCAGGAGUAGUAAAUGGUAUCGGAAAUUCGACACCUACGACACCAUUGCUUCAUGAACUAGGCUAGUUGCCAGUGGGUUUCCAGAUUCAAUUCAAGAGAGCUAAAUUUUUAUCAUUAUUAUUAUUAAGAGUUUAUAUUAUUAAGAGUUUAUUAUUAAGAAUACAGUCCUUUAUAUGUUUAUCUAAGGGAAAUUUUACUAACAUUUCUUUUUACAAAGCUGCAUUUGAUUUCUACGUCAAGAGAAUAAUGGACAUUUUAAAUGGAUAUUGAUAACAUCACCUUGAGAACCACAGAGUUUGGCCUGCAGCAAAGUCGUCUUUAUUGUUCCAUAACUGUUUCAUAUCUUAAAAACGAUCUUAUAGUACUGGUCAAGCCAAGCAAUUAACCCAGAAAGUGCAUGCCCAUCACUUGCCACCAGUAGACUAUUUAAAAUCAGCACAAGACAGCUGUUAUUGGGGAUUGUUGAAAAGAUAGUUACUGUCCAUGAAUUGAGAAAUAUUUGGAAACUUAUUCAUGGGAACUAAUAUGAUCACUAUCUUCAUGAUAUGUAGAUAUCCAUUUGUCAUGCUUAUGCUGUGUGCUUGCAGGAUUUUGCAGGUGCAAAAUUAUAUCAAAUCCUGACAAGCAAUCAUAAUUACUGUAUGCUGUGAACCUCUGAAACUACAAAGGAUGGUAGUGAAAUGGAUUUGUUUUUUUUAAAACACUUGUGGUCAACACUUUUUAAAUACAUUAAAAUGGUUUCAUCUUCUUAAUGUAGAUAUUUGCCAUUGUACGUUAUAUUCUAAUUUAGAUUUCAACAUGUUCAUUACAUUCUAAUUCACAUAGUCUUUGCAGUGAUUUAUAGUGCUCAAAAUCAUUUAGUGAAUAAUCCUCUUUCUACAGUCCCCACUGAGUUCAACAGAAGUUAUUUGCAGUUGAAUUUUCCCAAACUUGUAGCCAUUUUCAUUUGUUCAAAAUGCUCAGUGAGUGAUGAUAACUAGAAAUCUUAUGUACUAAGUAUCAAAAAUAUGGAAGCCAUCGGAUAAUGAAUCUGAUGCAUUGUGUGCUUAUUUGUGUAAAAUUUGCAUCCAUUGAAAUACAGGUUCUGUAUCUUCAUUCAGUUUUAAUAGGCAUGCUGUGCCAUUUUUUGGUAGUUUCAAACUAUACAAUUAUAUCUAAAUACUUGCAUAUUCAAUAUUGAAAUAUUUAGCUGUUUAGAAACAAACUGCUGUUUUACAUAAUUGUCAUAGGGAAAUCUAUGCAGUUCAGAGGGACUCCGUAUUUUAACUGAAUAUUUAAUAUAAUGGGCAUAUGAUAUUUCAAUU